GAUAUGGCGUGUUCUUGAGCAGUGCAUGACCACCGAUCCUUAUACUGUCACGAUGUACUCCUGCCGAACAAUUUCACCAUCUAUACCUAUGUCUGCCAUUCGCCCACGCACAGAACCCCUGACAUUUGAUGGCUCGAAUGGUCUCCAGUGUUUUGCCAGUGUUUUGCCUACACCAACUCUAUGUUCUGGAAUGGCUACUAUUUUUGAAGGGUCUGCUUUAUGUCUAGAACGCUGCCAUUGCUACUGCCCUCCGAGAUGUAGACCCUGUUUCGCAGACUUCGCUGCAGAGGACUGUCCAGUCUGCGAAGCCAUUUAGGAUGCCUUUGGCAUCCGUCUCUGUGCCUAACCUAUUGUGUACCUCACGUACAAAUACCGAACCGUACGGGGCUUGUAGGAGAUCCGCUAUUGUGUCGUCCUGCCAGUCUACCUGAUCUUGAAGUCCAUUGAUGGUGUGGCGCGCCACAUCAAUCUAGGGUUGCACCGUACUCUCUCCUCUUUUCGUUCCAUUGGAUCUCUUUCCGAGCGCGUUCGUUGUGGUGAUACUUAUUUUGAGUCUAGCAACCAUGACAACUGUACCUCCACUCUCUCCUGGAGGACAAUCACAAUCAUUCACCGCGACCUCCGAUUUCUCUUCCCUGGUCGAACUCCUCAGCGGUCCCUUGGCUUCUACAUCUUCUUCAUCGUUAUCCAACACCAAACUACCAGACUUGCAAUAUACCCUGACCUCUGCCUACCUCUCCCACCUAACGACUCUUCCCCUCCCUUCCCUCCUCUCGGAGCCCACCUCGCUCGCGUCCACCUCCUCCCAACUCACCAACGCCCUCACAACCCUCUGUACUUCCUCCUACCCCACCUUCCUCUCGCUCCACACCUCAACAUCAUCCCUUCACUCCUCACUCGACACCUUCUCCACCUCCCUGUCAACAUUACUAGACACGCUCCCCGCUCUCGAAUCCUCCUCCCAAUCGUUCUCCACUAAAAUCAAACACUCCUCAAAACUCAACGACAUCCUGGAGCUCCCCUUCCUCACCGAGACCUGCAUCCGGAACGGCUUCUACGCCGAGGCUCUCGAUCUCCACUUCCACACGGCCGCCCUCGCGGCGAAGUUCCCGGACGUUAGUGUGGUGGCGGAUGUGAAGGCCGAGGUGGAUGGUGCGAUUAGGGGGUUGGUGCAGGGGAUAGUAGGGAUGUUUAGGGAGCCGGUGGUUAAGCUUCCGGCGCUUUGGAAGGCUGUGGGUUUUUUGAGGAAGAUGGGGGUGUUUGGAGCUGGGGUAGAAGGGGAGGAGGAGUUGGCGGUGGCGUUUUUGAGUGAGAGGGGGGAGUGUUUGGAGGCAGCGUUGAGGGCUGUUGGGGCGGGGAUGGAGGGUGAUGUUGGUGUGGGCGUGGGUAUGGGUGCGAGUGGCAGGAAGGAGGGCUGGGUUAGAUAUCUCAAGAAGUAUGUGGAUGUGUGGAGGGAGGGCGUACAUGACGUUGUCACCCAAUUUUCGACCAUCUUCCUCACACCUUCUACCUCUUCUGCGACCACCGGAACGCCAACGCCACCGAAAACACUCACCCCGCUCCCCCUCCGCCCAAGCACCCCGUCGUCGACCUCACCACGGACCCCCUCCACCUUCAUCCUCACCCUCCUCCCGACUUUCACAUCCAACGCCAUACACACCCACCUCCUCCCCACCCUUCAAACAGUUCUUCCUCACAUCCAAGACCCCUCAUGGCUCACAUCCCUCCUCACCCAACUCACCUACUGCGCCACCUUCUUCUCCCGCAUCGGACUCGACUUCAGAGGCCUGUUAGGCAACCGUGUUGGACGGGACGCCCGUGCAUGUCCCUCCGCAGACGUUGACGUCGUAUCCUCCGCUUGCUAUGAGGUGUUAGCGACGAGUGGGGAGGUGUUGUUGGAUUAUGUGAGGACCGUCGAAGAUAGACUAAGCAGGGCAGAAGGAGACGACAACGAGAAAGAGAUAGAGAAGGGAGAGAGGGAGAGGGAGAGGGAGGUGUUGGUGGUUAGGCGGGCGUGUGAGGUUGGGGUGAGGGUGCUUGUUCCGUUUUAGAGGAGGGGCUUGAGCGAGGGCAUCAAGUUCGCGAUCCUCAGCGCCAGUAUCUCACAAAUCCCCGACAAAUGCUCCCCACCCUUCAAAUUUCCUCAAAUGUGACUCUUGGCUAUGCUCAGCGAAGAACUCGACGAUAGUAAACCAGUUGUCGGAUUGUUGUACUAUUUAUAUGGGCACGGUGGGUUGGGCGUGGGCGUAGGGGGGCGUGGUGGUGGGCGAGGAGGUGAGGCCAGUGAAGCAGGCAGAGGUUGAGAUGGAUGUUGUACAGGAUGGGGCUCCAUGUCCAAUGAGAGGGAAAAGCUCGGGUACCCUCGAAUUGGCUUCUUCAACUUUAAACUGCCCAUCGUCGCCUAUUGGUCAUAGCGGAGAGGUGUGGCGAGACGGACCUUGGACGAUAACGAAGGUCUCGCGAGCACGGCUUUGACAUCCACCACGCUCAAUUCCUCUGGGUUUCCGAGACGCACUAAUUCCCAUUCUUCGAAAGAGACCGGUGGCUUGCUGAUUGAUAGCUGGGGGAUGUUGAGUGUGUGAUGUGGCGUCGGGGCCCCGGUUUGAUCAACGUGUCGCGGUCAUUCUCUUUUGUUUUGUAUCCGAUGGGGAUUUGACCUCGAGAGAAUACGAUGAAGUGGGAAUGGGACGAUGAGGUAGUAUGAAGAGGUAUAAGACGUGGCUAGUAGCAGCAGACUGUUGAGACCGCGAACGGUCGAGCUCCCAAUUGCAAAUGAUCCGGAGGUCA